CAUCUUAAAGACAAAACAUGGUCUCAUUUUAUACACAUGGUGUGUUUUAUGUUGUUUGUUUGUUUGUGCAGAGUGUGUGUGUGUGUGUGUGUGUGUGUGUGUGAUGACCCCGAGAGAUCAGCUGAGGAAGAUGACGGCGUUAGGAGAGCAGGAUGAUAAACACUGGUACAGACUGGUGAACAGCGUCUCUGUCGGAGAACUGAGACAGAGGCAGGAGAUGAUGAUGAGGAACCCGAUGGCUUUGAACCCGCAGGUUCUCGCUCAGAUGCAGCAGAGACUGCAGCUUGAGCCGCGCUUUAUCGACAGGGAGUUGGCCCCUCCCACUGACCUUGUCGCAUCCUCUGAGCCACGCCCCCUGGCUCCCCCGCUGCCCCCCCACUCCGCCGUCUUCACUGGAAGAGCCUUCAGUUCAGCAGGGGGUUACGGCUUCCUUCCACCUGACUCCAUGGAAACGGUUGCUAGGCGACAAGAGAUCAUCCACAAACAGAACAUAGCCAGGAUGGAGAUGAACGCCAUCCUGCAGCAGAAGGAGCUGGAGAACCAGCAUAAGACGUUCCCCAGUAGUGUGGAGAACCCGCUGGUGUACCAGCACAUCGCGCAUCCCGGUCCCGCCAUCUUCAGAGGACGCCAUCGUCUCCACGAUGGCCACGAUGUCUUCGACCUUCAUGCCAACAGCUUCCUGAUGUCCGGCCCUUACCCACCAAUCGGCACGCUGCAGAGGGAGAGGGGGCGGCGCCCCGGCCGGAGAGCAGCCAAUCAGAAGUUUUCAGAUAGCGGUGCGGUGUUUCAGCCAGAGAGGAACCAGACGGAGGAGAAGAACGUUGACGAGAGUCCUGGAGGAGUCUCAGGAGAGGAGAGGGAACCAGAGCCGGAAGUAAGACUGGAGACUAGUGGCGAUGCUAAUGCUAAACCUCAGCAGAACAAAAUGGAGCUAACAGGAAGGAAAAGUUUCAGAAACACUGAACAGAGUAAAGUGUGUGUUAGCGCACAGACGGGCUGCACACACACAGACGCUGCUAGCAUCAGUGUCGCUAACAGCAACAAGGACAUGGGCAAGCUCCUGUUCCCGCCGCCCACCACACCGUUCUCAGCGUUCCCCUACAUGUUCCCCCUGGGAGGGAGCGCUCUACUGCCCCCUGCACACACUAACUUUUUCCUGAACACGGGUGAGAUCUUUGCAGGCGAGGAUCUUCGCAAGUGGACGGUCGAUGAUGUUUAUAACUUUAUCAGUAAUAUACCGAGCUGCGCUGAGCACGCCCAGGUGUUUAAAGAUCACAUGAUCGAUGGAGAAACUUUACCGCUGCUCACAGAGGAUCAUCUACUUGACACACUGGGACUAAAGCUCGGGCCUGCUCUCAAAAUACGCUCUCAGGUCUUAAGGCGGAUGGGCGGCGCUCUCUGCACGGCUGCCCCGCCCCUCGCUGCUCCGCCCCUUCAGCCACCGCUGGAGAAACACCUGGAGAGGUCAUGUGAUGUGAUUUCCCCUUUGACCUGCAGUACAGAAUUAACACAAAGUCCCAGAGUGGGCGAGUCGGAGACUGGGCACACGCCAACCACCAGGAGCGACCCGGCCUGAAGGGGGCGCUGUCCUGCAAACACACACACACACACACACACACACACACACACUGCCAUAAAACAACAGGUAAUAAUAACUUGACUAGGCUUGUAUUUUAAUUAUGGUUCAUUACUUCAGGCAACAAAAAAAAUAACAUACUUAUGUACAAAGGUAGUGAUGA